GAACCGAAAAACCACGCACGCCAGUGCUCGCUGCUACUCAGGCACACAUAGCCUUGAUUGCGCAGUGCUAUUCUACAGCACAGGUAUAAAAUGAGCGCUCGAAUAACGAUGCUGUAGAGAAUGAAAAACGCUUGCCUGUAGCCUAAGCAGAGCACUGGUUGCUGACAGACAUCCGAAUAUGUUGGUGCUAGUGUUAUCCAUUGCGUUAGGGUGUUCAUACCUAACCUCAGCUUCAGUACAGACGCCUACGCUUACAUCAUGUUCUAGUGUCCAGGACGUCAAGGUGAGCGACGUAAGCAUUACGGAUGCUCAGAUUGGGAAAACGAUGAGAGUGAAUUUUACACUGACAAUCAGCUCGCAGCUAGCAUCGAAUCCGACCUUGAAGAUAACAAUGAAGAAGAGCAGUGGUUCAACAAUCCCUUGCAUCAACAACGUGGGUUCGUGCACGUACAAACUGUGCGGAGGAACGACAAGCGUUGAACAACAGCUGGGUUCGUUAUGGAACAACCAAUGUCCAAUAAACCCAAUUACGGUCCAACAAUCGAUAACUGCCCAACUGGACCCAGUGAUACAGCUCGUUAUUGGGACGGCGCCUACGACAAUCACUAUACAGCUUCAAGUAGUGAACGGAGGAUCUACCGUUGGGUGUCAGUCAUUUAAGGUAAACGUUGCUGCUGCCUGAUUUUUGCGGAAAGUGGACUAAUAUGGAAAUACGCCUCUUGGAUGAAGUCAACUGUGAAGCCGAACUUUUUUUCUGCAAUAAAGCUAAGGAACCAG